AUGGCUGCCGUCCUUCAUGACAGUCAUCAUCCUACAAAGCAGUGCACAUCUGCCAGUUGCUGUUCACCUUCACGACUCUGGAAAUCUAUCCAGUCCAUGAUCGCAAACGACAGCAGGGAUGCCUUCACAACCCUCUCACAGGAUCCCGAACGUGCUCCCCAUCUUACGCGUGUCUUAUUGACCCUUAGAGCAGCAAACGACCCUCUUCUCUUCCCUGCAUCCCACAAGCAUCGUGUGAUCCAAUUCGACCUUCCUAUCCGAUCAGAAGCCGUCCGCAAGUUCGGAAAACAAGUCACGGAUCUAAACGCUCUUCAGCUCGCUCUUUUGCAGCGCCGCGACGGAAUGGCUCAUUUGAUUCUGGGCUUUUUGCGACAAACCGCAAGUCCAAAAGAAGUCCAGAUUUUUGUGAACCACCUAUGGGGUCAGCGUAACAGCUCUCUUCAUGUCGCCUGUUUUCUUAACAUGCCUCGUCUUGUACGACUUCUGCUCGACUGCGGUGCGGACCCUGCCUUCCGGAAUGCCCGUAAUCUCGGCCCGGUCGAUUGUUCUCAUCCCGAUUGUCUGUCUGCCCUGGGUCCCCAAAGUCUAACCAGGAAGACCUCAUCUACUGCAACAAGUAUUGCAACAAUAACAAACCGCCCCCGAGCAGCAUCAUCGGCAGCCGCGAUUUCAACAGCAACAACAACAACAAAAACAACAACUGCAAUUGCAAAAAUAACAGUAACCGUCCCAUCCGCACCCCGCCAAUCAUCCGUCCAGCCACUACCUUCCCUCCUCAUGAAAAAAGCCGUCCAGGGCACAGAGGAAGCUCGUGAGCCCAUCAGACUUCCUAUCCCACAAGACUAUUUUGCUUCUGUCCAAAUUGAUCAGAAGAAGCGUCUUGGUGCUCAGCAAGAUACCAUUUAUCCCGUCACAGAUGAUCUUAUUUCGCGUCCAACGCUUUCCCCCUUAUCCUUUUCAUCGUCAUCUUCUACAUCAUCCUUCUCAUCUCUUUCGUCAGUCGAAGAACCCAUUCAAGACACAGCCAAAGCCGCAUCCUCUACACCACUCGAUCGCUGCUGGUCACCCCCAGCCUUGCCCUCGGCUCCUUCUCCAGCAUCGGAGUGGGAUAGCUGGGCAAUCCAGGGUUCACUUAAACUGCCGAGACCAUCGUGUUUCCCAUCAGUCCCAACUGAUUAUCAACACCAGGCAGCUGAAGAAGAUGCAGACGAAGAAGCCGAAGAAGCCGAAGAUGAUGAAGAUGAAGAUGACGAAGACGAAGACGAAGACGAAGACGAAGAGAAUGUAGUAACAGUAGUAGAAGAAAUAGAAGGAGAAAACCGGCCUACUGUGAGCGAAAAGCACACCCACCCACCACGUCAGGUACAUUUUAUGCCCCAGAUUGUACUCGUUGACGCCUGUGUCCGAGGUGAUCUUACCGAGCUCACGGAAAUCAUUGACCGGACAAUUGAGCAGUCCGGAAUCUUCUCUAUGCGACACACAACAGGGGAUGUUCACAACCGUUCGCUGCUGCAUCUUGCCUUAAUGCACGGUCAUGAGUCCGUGGUCCGUUACCUCGUACAAGAUGCAAAUAUUAAUAUGAACCAUCCUGACAAUGACGGUUGGACAGCACUUCACUAUGCUGCAGCUCUUGGACUGUGGGAUUCUCUUGAAUAUCUUGCGUCAUGCAAAGAAGCCAAUUUGCAAGCCAAGACCCAGCACGGACUCUGUAUUCAGGACUGUCCAGAGUCGCCUGUAGAUCGUAAGAGAUGUCGAUUCAUGAUCGAAAGAGCUAUCAAACGUGCUUCUCGUCCUACUCGCCCAAGAUCUGCCACUGCUCCUCCUCGCCCUUCAAAAAAGCUCACUCUUUGA